UUAGUACAAAUACUACCCUGCUGCACUUUACCUAUCCUGCACAGCCGAUGGUGCACUUUUCUACAAAAUCAUACUCCGUACGUAUUUGUAAUCCGAAACUGGCAAAUCAUAUUCUGGAGUUCAUGAUUAUUACAGUAGAAAAGAAGAAAGGUUGGCAGCCAAACGCCCUCUGUUUCUGAACCGCCGCUUGGAAUCGGACGCCAUAAGCCGACGGUUCCCUUGUUAUUAACGCACUCGGCUAGGGUUUGGAACCAACGAUUUCAUUCUUCUCUGCUUGCAUUCAUAUACCUCGUCCCCAGGUAUGUAUAGAAGGUUAUACCAGACGAGGGAUUCCAAUGCAGAAGAGAAGGUAAAGUACGUGAUAUGGACAAAUGAAAUGGACCGUUGCCUCUCUAAGGUCCUCGUAGAGCAUGCAAAAAAGGGAAACAAGUCCGAUAACAUCAUAAAAACAGCAACAUAUGCAGAAGCAGUUGCUGUUUUAAAUGAAAAAUUUGGACUUGAAUUAACUAAAGAUCAUAUAAAAAACCGGCUGAAAACAUGGAGGAAGCAGUAUGGGCUUUUAAAGGAAAUCCUUGCUCAAAAAGGAUUUAAGUGGGACGGAGCGCGAAAGAUGGUUGUUGCAGAUGAUGCUGUAUGGGGUGACUAUGUUAAGAUAAACCCUGAUGCUAAGCCUUUUCGUGCAAAAUUCAUUGAUAAUUAUGAUGAGUUGUGUAUCAUCGUUGGCAAUGAUCAAGCAAUAGCAAGGUGUCCGGAUAAUUGUCCCGAAGUCGGGAUGGACGUAGUGUCUGUCAAUGAGGGAGUAGAGACUGCAAACUUGUCUGAAAGUUGGAGUGAUGACAAGCAGGCAAUUAACUUUAGGUGGACUGAAGAAAUUGAUUGUUUCCUGGCAAAGACCCUGGCGGAGCAAGUGCAGAACGGGUAUGAAAUGGAUACCAUUUUGCAACAUGAAGCAUAUAAAAUCAUUCUAACAGAUUUAAAUGAAAAGUUUGGUCCUGGUUUAAGUGAAGACCAUAUUACGAAUCGUCUUAGAACUUGGAACAAACAGUACAGGGUUCUGAAGGAACUCCUUUCUCACACUGGAUUCAAGUGGGAUGCAACACGGAAGAUGAUAAUUGGCAAUGAUUCAGUGUGGAAUGAUUACACCAAGACCCACCAUGAUGCUAGGCCUUUUCGAGGGAGAAUUGUUGAGAACUAUGAUCAAUUUUGCAUUAUCUUUGGCAACGGCUAUGCAACUGGAAGCUUUUCAAGAACUGGUGAUGAUUUUGGGCAUAGUUUGGCUGGUGAUUUAGAGGGUAUGGAGGCUAUAGAUGUCUCGCCAAUUCGAUAUAUUGGCAUCAAGAAUGAUCAAGAUGAGAACAUGACAUGGACAAACGAAAUGGACUGCUGUCUCAGCAGGAUUCUUGUAGAGCAAGUGAUAUUGGGGAACAAAAGUAAAUUAGAUAACAAAUUUAAGCAUAUGGCAUAUGAUGCAGCUGUGUUUGCUUUAAAUGAAAGGUUUCAACUCAAUUUGACAAAAGACAAUGUUAGAAACCGAAUUAAAAUGUGGAGGAAACUGUAUGCCAGUGUUAAGGAGCUCCUUGAUCAGGGUGAGUUUAGAUGGGAUGAGAAACAAAAGAUUGUCACUGCAGAGGACUCUGUUUGGAAGGACUCCAUUGAGAUAAAUCCUGAGGUGAGGCUUCUUAAAGGACGAAUAAUAGAAAACUAUGCUGACUUGUGCGUAAUUCUUGGUAAUGAUGAUCCGACUGAGAGUUCUAUAAAUGAUGCUGAAGCUGACAUGGAUUGGACUGCACACAAUGAAGGUGUAGGAGCUGAACUAUAUGAGAACAGAAGUGACAAUGGAAAUGGAAAAGGAAAGUAUGUGGUAUGGACGGUUGAGAUGGACCGUUGCUUAACAGAGAAACUAAUUGAGCAGGUGAAGUUGGGGAAUAAAGUUGAGAAAAGUUUUACACCUGUGGCAUAUAAGGCUGCUGUCAAGGCUUUAAAUGCCAACUUCGGGCUUGAUUUGAAGAAGGCAAACAUCAGGAACCGCUUGAAAACAUUGAAGAAAAUGUAUGGACAUGUAAAGGAGAUCCUAUCCCAUAAAGGAUUUAAGUGGGAUAAGACACGGAAGAUGGUUGUUGCAAAUGACGCCGUUUGGAACGAAUACAUUAAGUUUCGCAGUGAUGUAUUAACUCGUGUAUUUCUACAGAGGCAUCCUGAUGCAAAGUUUUUACGGGCGAGAUCUGUUGAGUAUGAUAAGUUGUGUCUUAUCAUUGGCAACAAUGAUGCAACCGGAUGUUGGUCAACAACCUGUGCUAAACAGGAUGCAAAUCCCACUUCCAACAAUGAAGUGCACUUAGAAACCCCAUUAAGCAAUAUUAUGGUUGAUAAAGCCCCAAGCCAAGAUGACUCUGGCGAUGGCCCCCAAGGAUCAUCUCAAAGGCCCUUUUCAUCUUCCAAACAGCACUCCAAGAAGAGACGGCAAAGCGAUCUAAUGAUAGACAUGAUGAGUGCCAUGGCUGCAAACAUCGGUAGGAUUGCUGAUGCUUUAACUGGAAGUAACCAGUCAGUGUGUUUAGAUUAUUUGUUUGAGAUGGUGCAGAAAAUUCCAGGUUUUGACGACGAUCUCAUUAUUGAGGCAUGUGAGUUUCUUUCUUUUGAUGAGAAGAGGGCCAAAAUGUUCUUGAAAUUGGACGAGAGACUGAGAAGACUCUGGUUAUUGAAGCGCUUGCGCGGUCAAAAUGGUUAAAAUGAGAAUUUAGAAUGCCCUUGGGUUUUCGAGCUUAUUGUACAUGUAUUAAUUUAAAAAUAUAUGGUAAAUUCAUUUAUUCAUA